CUCAAACAUUUUUCAAACGGCUCUCUUCAUAAGAUGAGCAGCGACUCCGGAGUCCAGUUUAUUGCCCGGCGAAGAAAGCGACCCCGCCGAGAGCCUUCAGGCUCUCCAAAUGCUCAAUCCUCGAACACAACGCCAGGCCCAGCACAUGUUCUAAACAUGCCUUCAACGCGGUUUCCCCGAGAUGGCUUCGAUUACCGUCGGCCUGUCACAUCUUCAGCGCCCCCAGACGAUGACUCGGAAGUUAUUGAUCUUACAAACGAGCCCGACUCCCCGGAACUUCCUAGGCGACAUCUACCUGAAAGUAGCUCACGGAGGCAUCGACCCCGACCUCCGCGCUUCGGGCGAAACAUAAUGACGGAGUUUGUCGAUUUGGCUGAAGAGGAGGACGAUCCAGAUCCGCCUAGCAGUCCAGAGGUUCAAUUUGUUUCUUCCACUACACGACAACCACCACCGCCCCAAACUCAAAGGCCUGCUAGUCUCUUAGCCUCCAACUUCUGGAGUAUACUGCCGCUGCCACAUACAUUGUUUAGACCUACGAAUGAAGGGGGCUACCGGCGGUCAUGGCAAACAAGAACGCACUUUUCUCCUGAGAUAAACCUAUGGCUUGGAGAUGGCCCCGGAGCGGAUUUGAUGACGACUCCGGAAGUGAACUGGGACCUAGCCGUACCGCCAGGUUUCGAACGACAAAGGGAACGACCCAGGGACGCCUAUAAGCCACCAAGUCCGCCCCCUGAGGGUUUCACAAGAAGUGCGACAGAGGAAGAUGUCGCUGUUUGUCCAAACUGUGAUGAGGAGCUCGGAGUGGGAGAUACGCUCAAACAACAGAUCUGGAUAUCGAAGCAAUGUGGCCACUGA